AUGCAAAGAGACAGCCCAGACGAUCUGCAUUCCCCUUUGCGGUGUGGGCCAUCGAGUCAUCCUCCAGUGCAGGCAUGGAAUGGAGGGCUGACAAAAAUUACCUUGGACAGUUUUGUGGACAGGUGUCAGUCAAUGACAGAGGCCUUUUGUGCUAGUUGCCGCUUCCGACUGAUGACACCGCGCCACCACCUGCUGGAGCUAGGCCUGAUCCGCGGCAGGACGGUGCAGAGAGCUCCACCUGGCUCACAUGUUACGGUAGAAUAA